UAAGCUUCCUGCUACUUCCCGCUCAAAAAUCGUCGCCCGUUCCAAGCCGCAAGUGCUUGAUCACGAUGCAAGAUAAUGGAGGACAUCGACAAUUGACGUUACACCACUUCGAACUCCAUGAAGCGUACAGGCGCGUCAGCGGAUCCUACGACAUAUAUGGUAUAGGCGUCCGUUCGAGUCCUGGCGCAAGCCGACAUAUCGACCAUUUUUUCGCAAGCAGGAUUUGCGCAGUGUACGACGGGUAGAGGCGCUGCCACCGAUGCCAUCUCCUGGCGUCGCUCAGCAAAUGCUGCUGCGAAUUGCGCGGAAAGCGACCUGGGCGACGAGGCGAUCUGUACAAGAGGUAAAUGGACGGACAGCAGGGUAAUUCGGAGUCAGCGAUGAGAGCGCAAGAG